CAGAAACAACAACAACAACAACAGAAACAACAACAACAACAACAGAAACAACAACAACAACAACAGAAACAACAACAACAACGACAACAACAACAACAACAACAGAAACAACAACAACAACAACAGAAACAACAACAACAACAACAGAAACAACAACAACAACAACAGAAACAACAACAACAACAACAGAAACAACAACAACAACGACAACAACAACAACAACAACAGAAACAACAACAACAACGACAACAACAACAACAACAACAACAGAAACAACAACAGAAACAACAACAACAACAACUACUACUACUAAAAUAGUAACAACAUCUGCAGGAAUACCAACAUCAGCAGCAAUACCAAUUGUAACAACGACUACUAAGGGUAAGUAA